AUGAUAAACCUGAUCCAGUCGGACACCAAAGGCGACAUCGAGGGCAUACCGCCCGAGUUGGAGCCACAUCCACAACAUGAUGAUCUAUGCGAUCGGUCUUGGUUUUCAUGCUUCCUGGGUACACAGUCCAAGCUUGAGGCAAGGACGCGUCGCAGUACAAGCUGGGCUGUGGGCGUCGACCACCGUUGCUCUGGCGCGGUCGGCAACGCCAGCAGCAGUUGA